AUAACCUGAAUUUUAGAUACAUGGCCCAAAUCUCCAAACACAGCCAUCGUAUUUGAGCGUAAUUUCCGAUGCGAAAAAUAUCCAAGAAAGUCACGGGCCUCCCAUUGAUUUUUUUUGGAAAAGAAACCCUAACUAGAGAUCUCGAUCGAGAGGAGGAAGAAGAAGAAGAAGGAGAAGCAGGAUGUCGGGUGCGAAUCAGGAGGAGGAUAAGAAACCAGGGGAUCAGAUCCACAUCAAUCUCAAGGUCAAGGGGCAGGAUGGGAAUGAGGUGUUUUUCAGGAUCAAGCGCAGCACCCAGUUGAAGAAGCUCAUGAAUGCAUAUUGUGACCGGCAGUCUGUGGAUAUAAAUUCCAUCGCCUUCCUGUUUGAUGGUCGUAGGCUUCGAGGAGAGCAAACCCCUGAUGAACUUGAAAUGGAAGAAGGGGACGAAAUCGAUGCUAUGCUGCACCAAACUGGUGGCGGUCUGAUAACUGCAGCAAGUGCAGCUUUAUUUUAGUCUAAGAUGUUGCGGGACUUUGUAGAUAACAAUGGGGAAUGCUAAUUAGCUAGAAUGUGCUGAAGCAUUAUGCUUUUACUUGGCUUUUCAUGGGGAUGGCUCUUCGGGAACCUAUUAUGUUUUUUCACCCUUGGCUUAGGGAAAUUGAUGAAUUAUUAUACACUUAUUUUGGUUUGUUGGUAUUCUGGUUAUGUGAAGCCAUGAAAGGCUGGAUUCAGGUCUUA